AUGACUAGACUUGACAAUAUUGUUAAACUAAUUGAAAGUCUUAAUACAUUUGUUAUAUUUGAAAUUUUUCAACCAAAACGUCCAGACUUAAAUGAUAAUGAUAAAUUGACUCUUAAUUUUCGACGAACAACUAAUGAUAAUAACAAUGCACAACAAAAUCUUACUUAUCUCUCACAUUUUGUUCAUUUAUUAUAUGUAACUGAACUAGAAUCUCGAUCAACAUUUCAUUUUAAUCGAUGGGAAGAUAUUCAGUUUAUGCUAGAAGCAUGUCCAAAUGUGAUUAUGUUUAUAAUUAGUACUUCAUUAUUACUCUUAUCAAAACUAAUUGAUAACUCAUCUCUUAUUUCACUUUUCUAA